AUUCCAAGGAUGUCUGCCGUCCCCAGCAUCGUCGCCUCGUUCGUCGAACAUGCGGCCACAGGGUCUAGAGACAACAUUCUCGUGAUUGACAACGAGAAGAUAACGUACGGCCAACUCUUGUGCCGCGUCGCACAGCUCAAGAGAUUCUUCGAAAGCAGUGGAAUCGCUUGCGGUGACAACGUUCUCAUAACUGUUUCUCCGUCGGUCGAUUUUUACGCGUCUGUUCUCGCCGUCUUUUCGAUUGGCGCUGUUGUCGUCGUGCUGGACACAUCGAUGGGCCUGAAACGAGCCAAUUACUGCAUACAAUUGGCUAAGCCUGUGGCAUGGAUACACAGAAGAGGCGAGUACUGGUAUUUCAAGUACAUUUCAACUGCCAUUCGGGCUAUCCCACUAGAUGUUCUAAUCACUGAUGCUCCACCUAUCGAUCCUAAAACUCCGGUUCAAGUCACAACUUCAGAACGAGCGCUUGCUACGUUUACCACUGGUAGCACUGGACUACCCAAGAUCAUGUAUAGAACACAUAAUUUUCUACUCCAUCAGUCACGUGCUGUGUCACACACAUACAUGAAGAUACACGGCAUAAACCCUGCUGGUUUUGUGAUGGGGUCUCCUCAAGAAGGAACCGAAACAGGAUUUACAAAUAUGCCCAUUCUAUUCUUGCACCAGUUGAAGCUUGGAGCAACAAGCAUGCUUCACUCGAAAAUAAAAAGUUACGAACCUGCAUCUGUGGUUGCCUUGAUGGAAGACACAGGAAUCACAAAUUCUGUUCUAUCGCCAGCAAUUGCCUAUCAACUUUGUCUCUAUUGUACUGAACAUAAUCGACGGCUUCCUACCAAGGUGAUUGCUGUCGGAGGUGCACCUAUAUAUCGACAUAUGGCAGAUGUCAUGCUGAAAGCAAUGAUGGAUCAACGGGUUAUAAUUGUCUAUGGCAGUACAGAAGCUGAACCAAUAUCCUUCACAGAUGCAAACACAAAGGUUGCAAAAGAAUCAGAGUCAGACUUUAUGGGUCAUUUUGUUGGAACUUCAUUCAUUGAAGGAGGAGUGAGAAUUGUUCAAAUCGAUGCUGAUGCAUUGAGAAAGGUAGAGGAUGUCCAAUUGUCUCAAGGAGAAGUUGGGGAAAUUAUUGUUUCGGGCUGGAAUGUCAACACGGAGGAUGCACCCGAAUCAAGAAUUUUGAAAGACCAAUAUGGCAAGCUGUGGUUGAAGUUGGGAGAUGCUGGCUUCCUUGACAAAGAUGGAAAUUUAUGGCUGGUUGGUCGCGUUUCGUGGCUCGUUGAGAGGAAUGGAAAGAGGCACUGGUCAAUCAUUACCGAGGAGAAGGUUUUACAGUUCCUCAGAGAUGAUGCCACACUGGCAGCAUAUCUAUAUCGAAAUAGCCAAGCGCAUUUGAUCAUUGAAGCACCAAAUGGCUUGAACACGAGACAAGAAAAACGUCUGCGUCUAUACCUACAGACAGAAGAUAUUCCAGUAGACUGCAUGAAAAUAUACAAGACAAUGCCUCGAGACCGUCGACAUAAUUCCAAACCAGACAUGGCCCAACUGUUUUCAGACAAGAAGCCUCUGGUAGUCAAGGUACUGGUGAUAGUUAUAGGAACAGUUGCAUUUGCGUGGCUGUUGAAGCAGUGCAACUUGCAAUUGGCGCUAUAUCUAGCAUUGGCAUCAUUACUAGUAGUCAGUUGGAUGCUUUGUAGUUUGUGUAUUGUGUAGCUGACUCAUGGUGAUAAAUGUAAACACAAAUGACUAUUUUAGUGACAACAUGUAAACAGAAAAUUCCUAUCUAUUUGGAGGAGAAUGCGGAAAACAGCUAAUUUACCUGCGUAGGAUGGCAAACUUAGUGUUUAGGCAUGCAUUAUUUCACAGUUGAUGUCACAGCUAUACCUCCUCCAGCUAUCUGUACACCUAGCACCUGCCGGUCACGUGACCACAUAAGAGGCUGGUUCACCAAGUAUCUGCUAACGUAUUCCUCCCAGCG